AUGACUGACGAUAUUAAAUCAGCGAUUAGGAGUGGACCACGACUUUCAACUUCUGAAGGCUCAGCUUUCGAAUUACAUCAACUGUCUUCCUCCGAUGUACGUUAUGUUAGAUCCAAAACAGGUGCGGGUGAAGUCAACUACAUCAAUUCUGCAACUUCCGUCAAUGAUGGUCAAUUGCUGGCAGAAAUAGGUUACAAGCAGGAGUUGAAGCGUCAGUUUUCCACGCUUCAAGUUUUCGGUGUUGCGUUUUCGAUUAUGGGCCUGUUGCCCUCUAUAGCCUCUGUUAUGGGCGGUGGUCUUACGGGAGGACCUGUCACACUGGUUUGGGGUUGGUUUAUCGCAGCUUUCUUCAUUUUGUUGGUUGGAAUUACCAUGGCGGAGAACGCUAGUGCUAUACCGACCGCUGGUGGAUUGUACUACUGGACUUACUACUAUGCGCCCAAGGGCUAUAAGGAGAUUGUCUCGUUUGUCAUUGGUUGCUCAAACUCGCUGGCGUUGUCUGCUGGUGUGUGCUCCAUCUCAUAUGGGUUUGCCUUGGAGGUGCUAGCUGCUGUAGUUAUAUCUCGGGACGGGGACUUUGAAGUUACCACUGGGAAGACGUAUGGUAUAUUUGCGGCUGUAGUGGUAGCCCAAGGUGUUGUGACAUGUUUGUCUUCUGGUCUGGUGGCUCGGCUGCAAACCCUCAGUAUUGUAUCCAACGUCUUUAUCAUGAUUUUGCUCUUCAUUGCGCUACCGAUCGGUGCCAAAGUAAACAGAGGUGGCUUUAACAAUGGUGAAUUCAUCUUUGGUACUUACCAAAACUUCAGUGACUGGAAUAGUGGCUGGCAAUUUUGUCUGGCGGGAUUCAUGCCAGCAGUCUGGACUAUCGGAUCUUUUGACUCUUGUGUUCAUCAAUCUGAAGAAGCUAAGGAUGCCAAGAAAUCUGUGCCAAUCGGUAUAAUUGGAUCUAUCGCAGCGUGCUGGAUCCUGGGAUGGCUCAUCAUCAUUUGCUUGAUGGCUUGCAUGGACUCCGAUAUAUCAAAGGUGCUGGACACCGAUUAUGAAAUCAUCCUGGCACAAAUAGUCUAUGACUGUUUGGGGAAGAAUUGGGCCAUUGCGUUUAUGGCAUUGAUUGCAUUUUGUCAAUUCUUAAUGGGGGCAUCCAUCGUUACUGCUGCUUCGAGGCAAAUAUGGGCAUUUGCCCGUGACGAUGGUCUGCCUCUCUCAAAGUAUAUCAAAAAAGUCGACAAAAAAUACUCGGUACCCUUUGUCGCUAUUAUCGCAGCUUGUGUUGCUUCUUUACUUCUAGGUUUGCUAUGUCUAGAUGCUGCUGCUGCUGCUGCCCUCUUCUCCCUGGCGGUCGCUGGUAAUAACCUUGCUUGGUCAACCCCAACUUUCUUACGAUUGACUUGGGGCAGAGAUUUGUUCAGACCUGGUCCUUUCUAUCUGGGCAAACUUUGGUCACCAAUAAUUGCUUGGAUCGGGGUGGUGUAUCAAGCGUUUAUCAUCAUUUUGGUCAUGUUCCCAUCUGCCCGUCAUGGUUUGACACCUCAAACAAUGAACUAUGCCUGUGUCAUUGGCCCAGGCCUCUGGAUCUUAUCAUGGAUAUAUUACAUGGUUUACAGGAAAAAAUACUUUCACGGUCCAAAAUCUAACCUUUCCGAUGAGGAUUACAAUGAGGCUGUUGGUGAAGAUUUAAUCGAAGAAAUACUUUCGCGUAAAGGCGAAUAA